UAUUGCACUGUAUGCCGCUGCUUCGGGACCAUUUGCAGGAAUCAUCAUUCUUGCAUUUCUUUUACCCUGGGCAAAUGCUAAGGGCACGACUUUGGCGGCAGUGGGUGUCUUCCUUGUCCAAAUAUGGCAAACCGCUGGUCGAUUCGUGUCCAAAAUUGUACCUGCCUCGAUGCAGUACAGCUUGGACAGAUGUUCCAACAAAUCAACAUUCAACGGCACCUCAUUGACGCUACUUGCAGAGGGUGGCAGGCCGGAUGUUUUCCUUUUGUACCGCCUGUCGCCGUACUGGUGCUGCCUCUUCUCCAUGUGUUGUACCGUACUACUUGGUUUGACACUAAGCCUUUGGUGUGCUCGACCGGACAGUAACGUCAAGGAGACACUUCGCCUUACGAGUCCACUGAUGUUGAAAUUUUGGCGCAAAGUGGGCCUUAUGCCUCCUUUGACUCAGGAUGCUGUGUGCGUCGUAGUCAACGGGCGAGAGUGCAAUGUGACAACCACUGAAUUGAAACCAUUGCGGGCAGAUGAAAGAUUUGCGUGAUCAAGUUCAAUAUCUUCCGCUACUAUCAGAUACAUACUUAUCAUUUCUUCGUCCGUAGUCACUUGUAUACAGAGAGCGUAUCGCUCUUUUUAAUGAAAAAAAUCGCGUGAAUAAUACCCAUGACGCCACUUUGAUAUUGUAAAAUAUAACUUGAUUUAGUAAUCAUCGAGAGUUCAUGAGCUUGCUUUCCACUACUAUUUUGUCAUAUCAUAAAAACAGAUGACUUAUAAAUAUUACGAGCGAAAAUAAAAAGAGAUGGUGAGACGAAGUAAAUGGAAUAAAGCUUUCAUUGUUCUCGUGA